AUGGCGAUUCUAUCAGCGAGCUCUACUAUGGUGAGAGCUGGUUUAGAUACGCAACCGAGACUCCGAUACAAUCCCAAUGCGCCGCGAAGUGUCAAGAAAAACUCUAACUCUAGCUCUUUCGUGCCACCGUCGUCUCCUUCAUCAUCUUCUCCGGCGACAGUCUUAACAACGGGAAGUAGCGUCCCUGUUUCCGAUUUGCUCAAACGUUCCUCAAGCAAAGACAUUGGUGAUGAAACUGAUGGUAUUGGAUACGAGAAAUGGUUUCCAAGUCCACCAAAAGUGGGGAAGCCUAAAUCUGUUUUCAAUGCUGCCUCAUUAGCUUAUAUAGGCGAUUCAAUCUACGAGAUAUAUGCUCGUCGGCAUUUUCUUUUCCCUCCGCUAAGUAUUGAAGAAUAUAACGACCGUGUUCAAGCAGUGGUGCGAUGUGAAGCACAAUAUGCUUUGCUGCAGAAGCUUCUUGAUGAUGAUUUCUUAACGGAAGAUGAAAGAGGUAUACUCCGGUGGGGUAAAAACGUAGGCUCGGUUAAAACAAGAUCAACUAGGCGUGCUGGUGUUGCGGUUUAUAACAAGGCCUCAUCAUUGGAAACACUAAUUGGAUAUUUGUAUCUAGCAAACGGUAAAAGAUUAGAUGAAAUGAUGCAGAAGCUAGGAUUCUCAAGUGGUUCUUCAACAGAGAGAAUGGUUAAGGAGGCCAAGCAUAAACUAUCCUCUUUAAAAUAA